UGUCAGAGUAGGCCCAUUCUACCAGCUCUGGCUGAGCCUGAACUUCCAAAAGUGAGCUGAGCUGUUCAACCUUGGAUCUUAAUUACUCCUAGCAGGGAUAAUUAGGUCCCUCUUUCUCAGAUUACAGGCGUGGCAAAGAUGUUUGAUCUCAGGACGAAGAUCAUGAUCGGCAUUGGAAGCAGCUUACUGGUUGCUGCGAUGGUGCUCCUAAGUGUUGUGUUCUGUCUUUACUUCAAAGUAGCUAAGGCACUAAAAGCUGCAAAGGACCCUGAUGCUGUGGCUGUAAAAAAUCACAACCCAGACAAGGUGUGUUGGGCAAAGAACAGCCAGGCCAAAGCCACCACCAUGGAGUCUUGUCCAUCUCUCCAGUGCUGUGAAGGAUGUAGAAUGCAUGCCAGUUUUGAUUCCCUGCCACCUUGCUGUUGUGAGGUAAAUGAAGGCCUCUGACUUGGGAAAGCUGGGCACAAAAAUCUUCAUGAGCAGUACUUCUUUCUUAAUAGAACGUUUUAUUAUUCAAGUCAAGUUCUAGAGUGUUUACAUGCUAUUAUAUAAUGUACAGUGUUAUUUUCUGUACUUUUGAAUAAAUGUGCAAUAUUGGAAAUAAUCCUCUGCCUCCAGUAUUUUUGUUAGUUAUAAACAUUGCUUAUUUAAAUGUGUGUAUUACCUACUUUGGGAUUUGGG